CCCCUUAAUAUUGAUUUACACGGUUGCCACACUAACCGUGCGACGAAACUUGUCUACACGUUACUCCUUCCAUUAGGUAGGUAAAUGACCGGCCUCGACCGCCAUUAUAACAAUAAUGUUUAUCAGAACUCUUAUCGCACACGUCGGAAGUUGAACAGCUAAAUUACCUACUAUAAUAUUAAUUAUUAAAAUAUAAUUUUUGCACGUGCGAUACGACCGUGGGGGCAGAUCGCCUGCUUUCAACGAAUAAUAAUAAUUCUCCUGAGUAUUCGUGGUAGGUAUAAUAGCGUGCGCUGGACGAGCAAUGCGGAACGAAAAUCGAAAAUGCGCGUGCGGUAGACCGGCAUAUUUUUUACCGGCCGGAUUUAAAGUUGGAUCGGAUACUUCAUGACUCAAGAGCUUCGAACCGAUAUUAAACAACGCACAAAACGUGUCAGGAUUUAAGAUAAUUUCAUCAGUCCGUAUCAUUAUCCGUACCGUUAUCAUGAUCGGGUGUGUUAUCUAUACCACAAGACAGACGACAAGACCACCACCACCACGUCGAUAACAAUGAUAGAAGAUAGCAUUACUUGGUUUUAUUUGUUCAUACCGUGUGCUUCGUAAGUGUGCCAAUGAGCAGUUUAAUUCAAUUAACAUAAUUUACACCCUACACGUUGGUAAAAUCAUUGUUAUAAAAUGACUACUACUACUACUACUGCCUCGUUGGAGAACCUCACGCUGUCGUCCAAAGAAUCCGACAUUGAAGACGACCAAGUCGAUCCCUGGAAUGUUUGCAGCAAGUCAAAAACCGGAAUCGACUAUGACAAACUAAUAAGUAACACAGUAUUACUAAUAUUAAUAUUAAUUUUGUAUUUUUUACUUUGUACCUAGGUAGUUUAUAUUACUUAUGUGAUUUUUUUUUUUUCUGUGUGCUCGUACAAUAUUGGUUAGGUUAGUACCUAUCGUGUAGCUUUUAUUUUUAAACAGGUUUACUAUUGUUGGUGAAACUUCAAAAUAAAAUGUCAAGUAAACUUAUCCUUAUAUUUUUAAUAUUUAAUAGUGAUCUGAUCUUUGUGUCGCUUAGUGUAUUAUCUAGUUAUUAUCUUGUUUUAACGCUCGAUUGACAUAGCUUGUCUCAUGGUCAUAAUUAUUUUAGUUUAAUAUUAUGUUGUAUAAUAAUAUUAUUGGCCACAAGUAUCAAACUCUGUCUGAUGUGUAUUGAUUUAUUAUCACGUCAUUCAAUGUUUGAUACAUGUGGACCUAAUAUUCACUUACAAUUACAAUAAGAAUAAUAAAUUCACUUACAAUGUUUAAUUUCUAAAUAAUGUAUUUUUUUUUCCUUAUUUGUAAUGUACAAUGUAUACCUAAGGAGUAUAAUUAGCAUAUAUAUAGGUUAGGGAUACGAAACUUACAAAUUAAUUAUUAAUCGCUUAAAGAAAUAAUGUGUUUGAUAUAAUGUAAUAAAAUAUAUUUUUUUUUCUAGGUAGAUUUGGAUGUUCAAAAAUAAAUCAAGAACUAUUAUCGCGUAUUGAAGCUAUCGCUAAAAGACCUGUACACCAUUUUCUCACUAGAGGAAUAUUUUUUUCGCACCGAGACUUGCACAGUAUUUUAAAUUUGUAUGAACAAGGGAAACCGUUUUAUUUGUAUACAGGCAGGGGUCCUUCAUCAAAUUCUUUACAUAUUGGACAUUUAAUACCAUUUAUAUUUACCAAGUAAAGACUUUUUUUUUGUAUUCUGAACAUUAAGGAAACUUUAAAUUAAUAUUUUAUUUUUCAGAUGGCUGCAAGAGGUUUUUAAUGUCCCCCUUGUAAUUCAGUUGACAGAUGAUGAAAAAUACCUAUGGAAAGAUUUGAAGUUGGAGGAUGCGCAAAGAUUAGCUGUGGAAAAUGCCAAAGACAUUAUAGCUUGUGGAUUUGAUAAAAAGAAUACAUUUAUAUUCUCAGAUUUGCAAUUUAUAGGGUAUUAUACAUAUUUUGAUUAGUUUAAUUUCAAUGAUCAUAAAUGAUUAUAAUCUAUAAUAAUAAAACAGGAACAUUAAUAAUAAAAUAAAAUGGUAAAUAAUUUAGAGAAUGUCCAGCGUUUUAUGCUAAUAUAGUAAGAAUCCAAAAAAGUGUUACAUUUAAUCAAGUUAAAGGUAUAUUCGGAUUUGGCGAUUCUGAUAAUAUCGGGAAAAUUGCUUUUCCUGCGGUACAAGCUGCCCCUUGUUUAGCAUCGUCCUUUCCAUUUAUAUUUGGUAAUAAUAAAGUUCCUUGCUUAGUACCUUGUGCUAUAGAUCAGGUAAAAUUUUUAAUUUUAUUAUUGAAUAAAUUACUCUUAUUAAUACAAUUAUUCUCUUUAUAGGAUCCUUAUUUUCGCAUGACAAGAGAUGUUGCACCAAAACUUGGCAGCCAUAAGCCUUCUUUAAUACAUUCAUCAUUUUUACCAGCUCUGCAAGGCGCUGACACUAAAAUGUCAGCGAGUGAUUUGAAUUCAGCUAUCUAUUUAACAGAUACACCAAAACAAAUAAAAAACAAAGCAAGUUAAAUUAUUAGGUGUUUCUAACAAAGUUAAUUAAUUAAUUUUGAUUUUGCUUAAUAAUAGAUAAACAAAUAUGCGUUUUCUGGAGGUCAGGUUACAGUUGAUGAACAUAGAUUGAAAGGAGGUGAUUGCAGUGUGGAUAUAUCGUAUCAGUAUUUAAAACAUUUUCUUGAAAGCGAUGAAGAAUUAAUCCAAAUUGAAAAUGUAAGUAUUUUUAAUCUAUCCAUUAUAAAAAUACUUAAUCAUAAGUCAUAAUAUUGGUGAAUGUCUUAUUUUAAAUUAAUAAACUACCAAGUUCAAUUAAAAUUAUAUUUAAGAUACCAUAGUUAAGUAUACAUUGCUGGUAACAAAGUUGUUAAUUCUAGUGUCCUAAAUUAAUAAAUUAUUUUAAUUCCAUUGGUAACUAUAAUUAUAAUUGUUAUUAUCAUUUUUUUUUUUAUGGUUAAUUUGUUUAUAUACAGUUAAUUUGCAAUACAUUUUAUUUUUGUUUUAUCUAUUAUGUGAAUAAAAUUGUUAGUAUGAAUUAAUAUUUGCGCACAAAUAAUGUGAAAUUGGUCAUCACAUUAAAUAUUCUCAUGUAAGUGCAUUAUUACAGGUUAGCUUAACUUAAGGUGUUCUCACCUAACAUGUUGACUGGCCAUAAAGCCAUUAUUGGGGUUUAGAUGGCCACCACCAUCUAAACCCCCACCAAAGUGACAGAUAAUAUACAAGAUAACUGGGACUGACAAAAAUAGUUUAGUCAGUACAGGACCAUAGAGGUAUCCAGGAAAUACCACUGACUUAUGAGAGUGAGAAGCACCAUCACCUCGAUCCCAAUCCAUUCAGUCAUUUCUUAAUUGUUAUUAUAAUUAGUAAUACAAAAGGCGUAAUUUGGUGACUUACCAAAUGUAACUUGGUUACUGUAUUUUAUAAACAAGUCGUUUGAAGAUUUUGAUUAUUAUUUUGGCCAUAGGUUACUGGAAAUAUCAGAACCAAAUAAAAUUAAUAGUUAUUGAUAAAUUAAAGAUUAGCCAGUACUUUUUUUUAUUAUCAAUGUUAUUUGUAAUAACUAUAAACAUGUAUAGUCAUUAACCAAAAUCAUAUAACCAUUACUGAUAAUAAAUAUCCAGGUUAACCGCCAAAACACACCUAAACUAAGUCUUUACCUGGGUCUGGUGGCAUAACAUCUAUGUAAAUUAUUCAUCAGUCGAACUUAUAAAAUUUGAAUAUUUAUACACAUUUCUAUCCAAAAGGCACACAACAUCAUUGAUAAUUAUGGUUACAAACCCAAAUAUUUUAUUUUUUGUGGUUAAUUUGUUUAUAUACAGUAGAAUUCGCUUAAUGAGGACACAUCGACACACCUAUUUUUCCUCAUUAUCCGACUGUCCCGAUUAGCCGAAUUGACGAAAAAAACAACUUUAAAAAAUAUAUACAUACUUGAUUCAUACUUUAUUUAAAAAUUACAUAUUAUUAUUCAAUUUCAAUUAUAAUUCAUAUUUUGUUAGGCUGCAGAAAUUUAUCAAGACUUUGCUUAUUGAUAAAAUCUGCACAAACAUCUAGUGAAGUUGUUGGGACAUUUUCGUUUCCAUUUUGCAUGAAAUAUAGUCUCAGCUGAUCAAUGCACUUUUCUGCUUCUCUUGUUGUAAUUUUGACGGGUUGAAUGUCGUCAUUUUCAUCACUUUCUUCAUUUUGCAGACUUCUCUCAGCAAUUUCAUCAAGAAAUUUAUCGUAAAUCUUGUUUUCAUUGAAGCACUGCACACCAUCAUCAAUUUUUAAAAAUAACUCCCCAUUUCCUACGCAUUGCGCUACAUUAUUUUCAAUAGAAACAAAAGGAGGAAUAGGUAAAUCAAUGAGUGUUCUGAAACCGCAAUGUGCAAAACAAUGCUGAAUCGUAACAGACGACACUUUUCUCUAGCUGUCAGCGACAAAUUGUAUAGCUUGUAAAAUAUUUAUUUUAGAACUGAUAUCUGUAGCACAUGUAGAUGGAGUUAAUAAAUUAUCUUCAAUAGCCUUCAAAAUGUAUGUCACCAGCAGUCCACGGUAAUGAGUUUUUAAAUUCUUAAUGAUCCCCAUAUCGAGUGGUUGAAUGAGAGAAGUAGUAUUUGGAGGCAUAAACUCAAGUGUGAUAUUUUUUAAAUCUAUCAAGUGGGGAUGUGGUCCAGAAUUAUCAACAAUUAAUACAAUUUUCCUUGAUUGUUUUCCAAGCUNUUAUUUAAAAAAUAUAUACAUACUUGAUUCAUACUUUAUUUAAAAAUUACAUAUUAUUAUUAUUAUUAUUAGCAGUUGUACAUUAUAUUUACUGUGCCUGCCAUAUUACAACAACACAAAACUGUUAUACGAUCCAUAGCUUUUUUUGAUCCUUCGAGUGUUUCACGUUUAUAGCACAAAGAACCAUCCGGAGUCGCUCGGUAGAAUAAACCAGUUUCGUCGGCAUUAUAAAUGUCCUGAGGGGAAAAUUUUUUAAGAAUUUCCGGUAAUUUAGUUAAAGACCAUUCAUCAGCUCCGUUUGAAUCAGCACUUGAUUUUUUUCCGUGAAAUCGCUUGAAUUUAAUAUUAUUUCGAUCCUUCCAACGACUCAUCCAACCUUCUGUGGCCUUAAAAUUACCAUGUCCAAUUUUUUCAUCAAAAAAUUCAGCUUUCUGCUGCAACAUGGGGCCCGAAAUACGAACACCACGUUUUGUAACAGCAGAAAACCAUUCGUUCAUAACUUUGUCUACUUCGGGAUCUUUGCCUUCCCCGCUUUCUUUUUCUGUUUACAGGUGCACUAUUGCCAUCGUUUAAUUUUUCCCAUUGUUCACUAAUAGCUUUUUCAUUAUUUUUCAAUCGGCUUAGUACCGAUUUAGACGUGCCUAUUAAUUUCUCUAACUCACGUAGACUAUGAGGUUGAGUCUUAAUUUUGUCCAAAAUGGAAAUUUUUUCAACCAACGUCAAAUCUUUACUAGACAUAAUUGUUACGCAUUAACACAAACUGGGAUCAAUAAAAACUUUAAUGAACACACAUAUGUUAAUACACAGAGACAAAAGUACGUGAACUAAAGGUUUUUGAAUUUGUACGUAGGCUAGUUGACUCUUAUUGUGGUAGUAAAAGAAACGUACAUUACAUUUGUACAUAUUAAAUAUAUAAAAUAUAAUAGAGCCAUAAAGAUUAGAUAAUUACAGUUUCAAUAAGAAAGUAAAUAAUUUAGGUCAGAAUACCUAGUUAGACACUUUUAUUUUUGUCCCUUGUAACCGAUGGUUUGUCCCCAAUAAAGGAAGUUAAAUUGCCUUAAAUACAUUCGUUCGGGACUAUGCCAAUGUCCGGGAAAAUGCGGUGUCCCGAAUAAGCGGAUUCUACUGUAUAGUUAAUUUUCGACCAGGGGGAGAGGAGGUUAUUUUUAUUUGUUUGACAAAUACUAAUAAUAAUAAUUUAUGAUCAAUAAAAAAAUUAGUUAUCAUAGUGUUAUAAUUUAUCAAUAAGACACUGUUGACCAUGCUCAGUUAUAUGGAGUGCAUAAAAGUACAUUACAAGUUUUUGAAUAUAGAAUUUUAAAGAAAACAUUGUUUUCGUGUAUUUUGCAUAGUAGAGCAUAUUAUUCAAUUGCAUAUUGAAUUAUUUUUGAAGAAAUUAAAUUUAUUGACUACAAAAAAAAGUUUGUUUACAGUGCAAAAUAAUCUUUUAAAAAUCUCACUUAAUAUUUUAUCAAUUAAAUAUCUAUAAUAAAAUAAUUCAAUCCCAUUCCAAACAUAAUCGAUUCAAAUUAAUUUUGAAUAAAUACAAAUAAAGUUUUUUUUCUUUCAGUAGUAAAACAUAAUAUUAUAUUGUAUAGAAUAAUAAUAAAUAAUAAUUGUAUAUUUAAAAUAAUUAGAAAAUAUAAUAUUCAUAAUUAAAUGAGUUUUCUUUGUAUUUUCAGGAUUACAGUUCUGGAAAAAUGUUAACUGGAGAGUUGAAAAAAAUGUUAAUUGAAUGUAUUACAAAAAUAGUACUUGAACACCAAGCAAAUCGAAUUAAAAUUACAGAUGCUGAUGUCAAAGAAUUUAUGACUCCCAGAAAAUUUGUAUAAUUAAUUUAUACUCAUAUAAGUACUUACUACUUUAUAUUUAUAUUAUUAUUAAGCUUUUAAAAAUAAUAUAAUGAUGAGUAAAAUUAUUUAAAUUAUUUUUCAAAAUUAAUUUGUAUUUGCAUAGUAUUUGAUCAAGAUUUUUCAUUAUAUAAACCUAUUAUUUAAUGAAAAUAUUACUUUUCUUUUAAAUCAUUUGAUAAAACAGUGGAACCUUGAUAAGUCAAUUAUCAGCUUGUGUGCCCAUAGUGUGCCCACCUAAUCAUGUUUAUUAUGUUUAUAUCUUAUUUUUCUUUAGAUUUAUAAUUUUUUUAGUAAUACAAUUUUUAAAAUAAUAAUAACAAUAUGUACAUCUUAGAUCAUAUAUAAUGGAUAGAGUCGCAGCCAAUAGAUUACAUAUAAUAUUGAUGAUGUACAUGUUAGUGAUAUAUCUAGGUCAGGGGUCGGCAACCUGCGGCUCGCGAGCCACAUGCGGCUCUUUCGGUCUACAGUUGCGGCUCUCCAGCUGCACACACAAAAAUUAAUAUUUUAGUUCAAAAACAAUAUUUUAUAAUAUAAAAAAAAAGUAUAUUAUUUUUGUUAUUUUUGGAAAUAUGAAAUAACACAUCACAAAAAUAAUUUGACAGUGCCCGCAUGGAGUACAGUCUAUAGUUGUAAAAUGUUUAUUAUAGAGUCUAAUAUAAUCGCGAAAAAAUAAUCGCUAUCUACAACUAAUUGGUCAAUUGGUCACGCCAAAACAUGCAAAGCCAAUGCUCCCAUUGAUGUAUUCCCCUAUUAUUAAAAACUUUUUUUUUUUUUUUAUCAUAAAUUUAUUAUAUUAUUAUAAUUAAUUUCAUUAUUAUUAUGUCUAUUAAAAUUUAAAAAUAAAAUUAUAUUUAAAUACUUAAGAAAAUUUGUAGUGGCUCUUUAAAAUCUGGAAAAUUUUGUACAUUGUAACUUUUGGCUCUUCCGUCAAAAAAGGUUGCCGACCCCUGAUCUAGGUGAGUAGCCUUUAGUGUGGAUGCUAGUUGCAUAUUUCUUUCAAAUUAUCCGCAUAAUACAUAUUUUUUUCUUAUCUAUAAUGUAUUUUAUGUACUUUAUACAGAUUUCAGUUUAUUAUCACUUAUCUUGUCAGUUAUUUAAUAUUUAUCACAUCAUAUUAAGGUAUUGAGAUAAAUAUGUGACUAGUCACAUGCAUGCACACUAAAGGCAAGUCACCUGGCAACUAUGGCCUCACCGGUAACAUCUACAUCAAAAUAUUGAGCUGUUGCUACAUCCAUUGUAUAUGAUCAUACAUACACCGUACAUAUAUUUUGAAAACUUAAAUAACUCAAAAACCUUAGUAAGUUGAAAACUUCAAUAAUUAGACAAAAUAAUUUCAUUUCCCUUGAAUUUCAACUUAUUCAGAUUCCACUGUAUAUGAAAUGACAUAAAAACAAUUAGAUAUACCUAACUGGAAAUAUUUACGUUUUAAUAUAAUAACACUAUUUGAUAAGAAUAAAGAGUUUUAGUGUUAUCAGUAAGAAAUAACUAAAGAAAAUCCAUGUCUAUGAAAACUAUAUAUAUUUAGUAACUGUGUUUUAGGUAUUCGGUUGCAGAAUGUUAAAUUAAAUAAAAAAUUAGUAUAUUUUAAUUUACUUUAAAAAUUUACAUUUAAUUUGUGUAAUACAAAUUCAAAGUACUAAGGAUUUUUAAAUUCUUCCUCUGUAAAAAUAAAUGUCGUACAAGCUCAUAAAAAAAUAUAAUUCCAUUUAGUUAAAAUUCCAUCUACAAUUAUAAACUCAAUAUUAAUUCAUAUUCCAUGAGACUAUAUUAUAAACUUCUAUAAAAAAAUAAUUUGUUAUAAAUUCUGCAUAAGCUCUUCUUUUUGCAAGAAAAUACUUCUGGACAUAAACUAUUGGUUUGAUAAUUUCCAGUUCUAUGUAUUUAAGUUAUUAUAUGUUUCAAAUAGAUUACAAAUUAUUUUUAAACAAUAGUAUUUAAUGUAAAAUAUAAAAUAUUUGAAAAAAUAAAAAUUAUAUUAUAAGUGUACAUUAAAUAAAUUAUAUUUUUAAAUCUCACUAAAACAUUAAAUUUCAUUUGGUCUUUUAGUGAACCGGAUCAAAAUUUCUGGUGAUCGAAACAAAAAUAUCAACAUUCCAUAUAAAUCUUCUUCCAUUUCAUAUUCUGCAAAGGAUCUCACUAAAUAGAUUUCAUAGCAAAGCUGAAAAUAUCAAAUUCUAUAUUACAGAUUGUAAAAUAUGUAAACAUCACUUUUAUACUUACUUGUAAUAACCUAUCUGGAUAUGGAGUUUCUGUAAAACCCAAUUUGAAUUUGAAAGACCGGAAUAUGUCAAAUGCUAGUUUAUAUCCGAAAUAUACUACUAUAAUUGUGUACAGGCCAAUAAUUCUAAAUUGAAUAAUUGAAAGAAAUUUAUUUAUAUUCCUAUAUUUAGCUAUAACUAUAGUUGUAUGCAAAUUGCAGGUACUUAGGAUAGGUACUAUAUAACAGCCUUUGUCUCACCCUUUGUGUAUAUGUGCCCAGUAAUAUUUACUCAGUUUUGUUGACAUUUAACAGUAGAUAAUGUUAUUAAUAUCUUUUAGUGAAAUGAAAAAGACAUACUAGUGUAUUAUACAGUAGAAACUGUUUAUAACUCAGGUUUUAGUGACCUUAAAUUGAAGCAUGUAUUAAUUUUUAUCAAUUUUAAUGCCAUCAAUGUCUGUUUUAUAUUUAUUGAAGAUUUUAUAUAAUUUUGUGAUGUUGUAAACAAAUAUAAUAGAUUUUUUUUUGACACUAAUGCCUAAGGUCACUAAAUAUUUACACAGAGAUAAAUUUGUUUAUCUAGAGGUAGAAUGAAUUCAAUUGCAUAAAUCAUGUUUUAAAUUGUAUUUGUUGAUAAAAAUGUACAUACUAAUAAUUAAAUUACAAGCCCAUUAAAAAUAUUUAAAUUUUUUUAUCAUGUUUUGCAUUAUUGUGGUGAUAAGUUCUUGUUUUUUAUACAUAGAUACAUUUGAUAAAGAAAUCAUUUUAGACAUAUUUAAGGACUUAGAUUUGACUAGACCUAGAGUGAUUCGUGAUGGGUAUAAUCAAUGGGUAUUAAACAAUUUUGAUGAUUAUGAAUUUAAAUGUUGGUUUGAUAACUAGUAUUUUGGUAAUAAUCUGAAUAUAAAACAAUAAUUGAGCAACACUUGAAAAUUUAAUUAAUAACCAUUAGUAUCAUUAUAUUAAUAAUUAACAUUGUAUUUAUUAAUAGAUAAGGACAAGUUUGGUGUAACUUGGUGUAAAUGUUAUAUUUUUAAUUUUUUUGAACAUUUUAGUUAUAAUAACCAAUUUUUAG